GUGGAUUCCCGCCUCAGAUAAUGCAUAGCAUUUUUGUUGUUCAGGUCAACGCACCUGCUUGGCCGUUCUUUUCGAUAGGUAAUCGCCAUAUCGACGGACUAGUGGUUGUAGCGGAGGGCCAUACUCACAAAGCGAGCCAUGUGGGGUGUGUGCACAUGGGAAUGUUUAGAGCCGAAGCUUGAGCUGCACGCGCCCCGCGAGGUGUUUCAGAUCCCGCUGGCACUGGCUGUGUAAUGAAAAUGGGAUCGCUUAUGCCGUAGACAUUUUGCACAUGCAUCGUGCGGGGGGAUUCUCUCGCCAUCAUAAUGAAUGGCGCUCGAUAGAUGGCUGCCUUUCUUUUUGUCGUUUGGACCUUGGCUAGUUUUAGUUGUAAUUGUGCCACUUUGGUCUGGUGUUGCGUAAUCUUUUACAAAUGUGACAGGACUGUUAGGGGCUGGCUCGGCUAUUUGGGGUCUGUAUCCAGUUAUCCAGUGUGUGGUGCUAUCGCCGGAAGGAGUGCUCCCAAGAGCAACUCGUUUUCUUAUCUGCGAAUUCCAAUUAGGGGAUAUAAAGGCAUGUGGAGCGAUUGCGGGAAAGUGUGCACCAGAGUUUUGGUACUUGCACUAAGACUGAGGAGGUGAGGCUUCGUGUGGAGGCUUCCAGAGAUCAUCUCCUCCGUGGGUUGCUGCUGAUUGCAGCUUCGCACCAGAUUCAUGUCGGUCUUCUGGUUGCCAGAGUUCUUUUGAGGCGAUGAUCUUCGGCUAACACUUUGGAUUGUUCAAGUCCCAAAAAACGGUUCAUAGUGAUUCCCCCUAUCACGAAGCCGAGCACCGACGCACACCAGAGUACAGUAACAGGGGCCCGUGUUGUAUAGGAAGUAGUAUCAUAUGCAUAUGCACUUGUUUGCAUUAGAGGGUGCGUUUGAUGAGGUUCGCAAUUUUUCAGAAUCCAGUACAGCGGAAUUGAUCCGACCAAGCAUUGCAUCAAGCGG